AUGCUGGAGACGUUACCGUGUGAGAUUCUGAUGCUGAUCGCGGACUGGCUGCCACCCGCCCACCUACGCGCUCUCAGCCGAGUCUCGUCGAGAUUAUAUUCAGUUUUGGUUCCUCAUAUCUACCGUACCAUUGCAUUCCACGCAGCAAAUGGCGGCUUGGGAUAUGUGUCCCGAUGGGAGUUCUCGAUCAGGGAGGCUAUCUCAGCCGAUAUCAACAGCGCCUCGCCCGUCUCUCACUCGUCACCGAUGCCACUGCAACUGGAGCAUUUUAAAACUUCUUUGGAUCUCCUGCUGCACGAACCGGGCGACGGGCGUAGCCUAUCUGCGGUUGUGCGGUUCCUACGUUCGUUUCGUGGGCUGCAGUAUCUGCAUCUGCGGUUGUCCAAUUUUCCGACGUCGGAGUCCCGCAUCCAGGACGCCAUAAAACACCACCAAACCACGUUGAAAAGCCUUGUCUACUAUGAGCGCCAACUCGCCCCCAUCGGCGAGGAUGGCUUGUUUGAGGACGAUCGGGAUGUGUCGCCCGUGUGGAUUGCAAAUUUGUCAACCAUUGUGGACCUAGGCCAGGUGACUGCUUUGGCACUCGGCGGUGCCUUCGACCCACGGCAAAGCAUUCCCAGCUUCGGCUUUUACAUUUGCGGUUUAGCGGACCCUCGUUCGCGCAGGGGUCUUAUGGACGAGGAUAUCUCUAGUGAUAAUAAUGACUACGAUCGUAUUCUCAACGCGUACUACGAUAGGUCGCCCCUCGAGUGUAUGGAUUUUCAGGAGGCAGUGCUCGAGUCGUCCGCAGCAAUAGCAGAGGCCGAGGAUUUUGUGUCAUUUGCCGAAUGGGCAUUUGGCCCCGGUGGACUGCCGGCUCUACAGGUCCUUGCGUUCGGCGACUUCUCCCACGGUGAUCGGUAUAGGGGGCAGCAGUUUUUGAUGCGUCGCGCCUAUCCUGCAUGGGAUAGUGACGGCAAGGGACUCGCCGGCCUCACGUGCGACGAUACGACGCGGCCACCUUUCCGUCCGGCAGAUAUGGCUGAUCCUUCGAUUUGGGAUGGUGUUUCGGUGGACGGAGCUCGGUUUCUGUCCGCAUGUCCAGGAGGCGGAUUGAUGGAGUCACCGUAUGAGCCGUAG